AUGCUUUGUCCCCUGCUUUUCUGGGCUGAAAUCUGCCUGCUGCUGCUCUGCCGAGGCUGCCAGCUGGAGGAGCCAGUGAUGGGUUUGAAUGAAGCUGUGAAAUCUGAUAGACUUAUUGCAGCACCCAUUGGUGGAGAGGCAAAUUUCUAUUGCAACUUCUCACUCUCAAUGGAGGUUUUGCAAGUCACCUGGCAGAAGAGAGUCGGGUCAUCCUUCCAGAACUUAGCCACCUACAGCCUAAACCACGGGCCAAGGCUGAUAGGGUCAUUUCAGGAGAAGGCACGUUUCACUAGGGCAACCCUGAAGGCCUCAGCUAUCACACUCCAAAAUCUCACAUUUGAAGAUGAGUCCUCUUACAGAUGCAUUUUCAACGUGUUCCCUUACGGCUCCUUCAGCAAAGAUAUAUGCCUCAACAUCCAUACAAUUUCUGAGCUAACAGUGGAAUAUGACUCCCACCUGUCCACCGAGGGUCUCCUCACUGCAGUUUGCUCAGCAACAGGAAAACCUGCUCCCCAGAUCACCUGGCUGGAUGACAGAGACCUGGAUAAGUCCCCUGAAAUACACCACAUCCAAAAUGCAAACGGAACAACAGAGAAACACAAAUAUAUCAGGAGUGUUCAGAAGAGCAUAAUUAGCAUGGCACUCUUCACAGCUGUGGUGUUAUUAAUAUUCUUGCUAUAUUGCACCAUGAGACAAAUCAACAGAAGAGCGGAAAAACAGAAGAGAUGUUCUGCACCCAAAACACCUGCAGAGGAGGAAAGCUUACACCAAGACCUAAGCGAGAAAACUGAGAGUUUGCACACACUGAAGGACCAGCACAUUGCUCAUCAAAACGAGACACCAGGCUCCUCGCUUCACAAAAGGCUGCCAGAUCUGAAGAGAAACUUCAGAAAGAAAAAAAAUUGCAGGCACUUGUUUUCAGAGGAGGAGGAGAACCUGAACAGCAACAUCCAUGGCAUGGUUAAGAGGGGACCUGUUGCAUUAUGUGACAAGGAGCUGGGCUGCGUACCCAUGGAGAAGGACAGAGAGGCAACAGCAGGUGAAGAAGUCCAAAUAGCACACCACCUGGCUGCUCCCCAGUCCAGUACAGGAAGGAGAGCCACCAGCCUAAUAAAGGCCCACCUCCACAGUCCCAGAGGAGCACAGGAGCACAAGAGCAGGGAGUCUGGGGCUUUGCUGCGGAUUUUCACAAGCAACGCGCUCGACCGUCCCGGCGAGCUGCUCCGAGUUUAUGGCUCCGGCUUGCCGAGACCUUGUCCUUGCUUUAAGCAGGUGGUGUCUUAUUCGUCAGUGGUUCGCUCAUUCUUUAUCAUUUGCUCUUCCAAGACCAAUUUGUUAAUUUGGUUGACAUCGAUAACCUCUGAGGGAAGAAGAAAACGGCAGAGGGACGUAAAGCGGUGCCGCCCAUUCCAGGCUCCAGGUGGACUGGGAAGUAACAGCGCUCGGCCUUGGGCUUCUUCUGCCCAUGGGAUGGCGCCUGAGCCGGGGGCAUCCGUGGCUGGGGAACGGGACGGGCGCUGGGACCCUCCUGGGAAGGACGGGACAGGACGGGACACGGCCGGCCGUGAGAUGCUGCCUCCGUCACUCGGCCGUGCGGAACAUUCCUAA